CAAUUUCCCAAAAAAAUCUCAAUGUCUACAUCUAUUUUAUUUUUAUUGAUGUCUUAUUUUCUUUAACUGCCAAGUACCUUGACGUCCAUGAUGGGGCGUAGAAUAUGAGUUCCUUCUCAACUCAAGGCCAGAAUUGGCGUUUUAUGCCCCUUUACGCUCCCCUAAAAAUUUGAAUGACGGGGCGCCACCUCUUAAGCCAUUAGGUACGCUAGGAUGGAAAGCAAACCGCGAAGCAAGCGACACUGCUGGGAGUGCCGCCGGCGCUGUCUGGUAUGCGAUUUCACUGAACCCGCCUGUCGGAGAUGUUCCACAUCGGGGAUUGAAUGCCCAGGAUACGGUGAUGUGAAGCCAGUAAAAUUUAAGUGGCUCCCGCCCGGGAAAGUCGUAUCUCGGGGUCGAGGACGGAAGAAAUCAUCUUCUAAAGAGGCUGCCAGCGAAACCACUAAAAGCACUAAAACCAUUACGAAGCUAUCCAGCAAAGCAGUGUUAAAUGACAAUAUUCCUAUUUCGCUAUUCAAUAUAGGGACCGAAACAUAUGACAUAGCAGAGUGUAUUGAGUACUUUAAUUCUUGCAUAUACCAAGGUCUACUCCCCCUCUGUGAACUUGGGGAUAAUCCUCAUAUAUACCCUCUUUCCGCCAAACACGUUCGGAGGGCUUCUUGGGCCCCUGAUUAUCUACGGCUUGGAAUGAUCUGUAUGAUACUAGGCCAUCAAAUCAACCGAAUGAGGGGCAACCCCGAGUCCAGGCGGUUAACCGAGAAGUUUUAUUCUUACUGGGGCCUUUCCAUCCGCUCUCUUAGAGAUCACCUCGACAAGGAAGAUAGGCGCCACGGCGAUACCGUUAUCGGCGGAAUAUUGACGCUUCUUCUUGUCGACGUUCAACUCGGCACAUCCCUUAACUGGAGAUGCCACCUCGAGGGACUGUACGGAUUAAUCAUGCAGCGUGGCGGCUUCGAAGCGACGACCAGAUCUAGAGUUUUGAAGCCGUUAUUACGCUGCCUCUGGGUUCUUGCUGUGAUGGGGAACACAACUUGUCCUGCAUCAGAUCUACUAACUAUAGGCUCAGAACCCGAGACAGCUAACUUCCUAUUGAAACAAUUUAGAAAAGAGAUGUCUCCUUAUCACAUGUGCCCUUUACCCCUUUUUUCCGAUAUCAUCAGGGUUAACCAUCUCCGGAUGUGUGCUACGCAGUACACCAACACCACAACCGAAGAACUCUCACAAGAAGCAAAUACAAUCCUACAGCGCGUCCAAGAUUUCUCACCCGAACAGUGGGCCGAUUCUAGACGCUCACCGGAAGACUGGGUGCUUAUUGGAAGGAUACAUCAAGCCGCCGUGGUGAUUUACCUUAUCCUGUCCCUGCAGAGUGUUUCGAUUCUGCCCGUGACAUGUGAACUAAGCGCGUAUUGCGCUACACAAGGAAAGCUUUUGCAGGUUCUCAUAAGCAAUGGACUAUCAUCUCCAAAGACUGAAAGAUUUAUGGUUUGGCCGCUGAUCGUACUGGGAGUGUAUGCUGUUCACGGCGACUUGGCGAUGCGCGCAUUCGUUAUAAAGCAACUGCCGGAUCUCAGUCGCAAUCUUGGUACCUCGGUCCCAUUGACAGCUAAGCAGGUGCUUGAAUCGUUUUGGGACUCAGGUGAGAGUCGCUGGGAUGCUUGCUUUAGUAAGCCAUACAUUUUUACGAUGCAGAUCGCAGUUGAUACCGGCGAGCUGCCCCCUUCUCCUAUGGCAAUACACUAAGGGUUAGUAAGAUAUCCAAAGAGAUCAGAUGGGUAUAUUUAGUUACUCCAUAUACUGAACUACGGAUGAUUAGAAUCAUUUGAGUCCUAACUAAUCUAUAUACCCAACAAAUCUUUAUGUACGCCUCCAUAGAUGCAAACAAUAAUUAUUAAGCUAAUCGUUUCUAUCACCUAACCCAAGA